AUGACUACUACUAAGCCAUCUAGUUCUGGUGUUACGCCUCCAACCAAGCUUCAACUGGCUCUAGCAUUGGCUGUCGUCAAGGGAAAACCACCAGGCCAAGGCGUUAAAGAAUACAUUUUGCAGAUUCGACAGUUCAUUAAAAACACCAAAGAUUUGGGCCAAGUUGGUGCGACAGACAAGUUCUUCGACAGCGUCUCCUUCUGGCAACAAGCGUACGAAAGGUCUGAAGCAGGACAGAGUAAGCUACAAGAUCAAGUCCAUGAGCUCAACCAGCGUAUUGAAGGCCUUCUCGCCAAAUUACGUGUCAAAGUCACUACAAAUGACAAUGAGAUCAUGCCUGCAAACAAACGCAAGGCGCCUGCUGUUGGCAAGGAUGCGAACAAUUCGAAGACGGCUAGGAAACGAACAAAACUACCUAGGAAUAUGCAGAAAAGCAUUCCACUGAUAGAAGACGACGAUGAUAGUUCCGGAGAAGAGGAUGACUUAUGCCUCAAUAGACAGCUACAUAUCGUCCAAAAAGCCUUGCAAAGAAGGACGAACAGCAGUUCGGAGGCCAAUUCUCUGGCUAUAGAUGCAGUUACCCUCUGCAAAUCCGCAGAGCAGAGACUGAUCCAGACUAUCCUGAACAAAUGCAGAACGACGGAGCAGAAACCUUCCCAAACCGAGAAAGCCAAUAUGCCGGAUACAGAAGCUGUCGUAAAUGGCGUGACAGUUGCUUUCCAUCUCACACACAAAGCAUUGCACAAAAUGGCCGGGGUUGAGAAUGCCACGCAGCACCAAGCUCAGGUCAUCUACUAUCUAGUAGGUCUGUUCGAAUCAACCAUGACAGCACUUACUCUGCAUUGCACUGCAAUGUCCAAGCAAAAGUCAACCACCAAAAAUAUUAAAUCAGGCGGAGGCCCAAAGGCUAUGACGCAACCCGAUGAAAGAAACAAACUUACAAAAGAGAAGAGCUCGCCCAUCAAGAACGAGACAGCCUGUCGCCUUGCAGAUCUGCUCUGCACGAUGGCGCUCUCCCUCAACCUGACUCGUACCGAAGACCAACAAGUAAUGGAAGGGUUUCUCUUCCUUGUUCUGGAUCGCAUGGGAAAAAUGCUAGCUCUCCAUGUUUUCCAUGACCUGCGACUGCCAAUGGGAAUUUGCCCUGGAAUGACAUUCCCAGACGGAUUGGAAGCAAUGACUGACGAGGGUCUUACGUCAAACGAGGCACAACUCGAAGCCAAGUAUCUUGUCCGGCUUCUGGAAAGAAUGCUUAAUGCUGAAUCCCUCCAAUCGGACCUCGAGACAUCGGCUGCUCGCGAAUUUGCCGCAAACGCUAAAGAUCGUCUGCAAAAAUCUCUCCUUCGGGCUGUGUUCGGACCCGAUGACCAUAUAUUUCGAGAUGGUCUGCGGCGUCCGCAUACUCCGCCUCCUCCGGUGCUUGAUGGUGGGCAGAUUGACCAGGACUGGUUUUCGGAUUGGCUUACACAGGAGCUGUGGCGGCUUGUUGGUUGGGAUGUGCUGAGGACUGUGUUUGCUUCAACCUGA